AUGAAGGCUCAAUACACUCAUCUCUGUAAAGUGUGGAAGACCAUUACAGACCAAAUGAAAGUAUCCCCCGGAGAUCCAAUGCCUGUUGACUUCUUGGAUUGCAUUUCCAGAGGUGGAAUGAGCCCCCAAGUUUAUAUUUUGCUCAAGGAUGCUAUUGAAGAACGUCAACACAUUGAAACGCCCUCGAUAAUUCCAGAUUCCCCCGAGGACGAAAUUUUGAAGUCAACUGCUGCAUGUGCAUCAUUCCUGGUCGGUGGAAUUCAGGCUGAAUCAUCAGCUUCCCAGUAG